AUGUUGAGAGAAAUCCUCAAAAAGUUAUGUUUUUGGAAGACCAAGACCCGAACAGCACGAGAAGCACGAGAAGCUAAAUUCAAAGCACCAGAUCAAGCACUGGAUCGAGAAACGAGUCAAUCAAAUAUCAAAACCGAACCAGCACAAUUUGUCAACCCAGAAAGACAAAAUAUCCGAGCCAAAAAUUUACGAAUAAGGACCGGCCGUUUCCGCAUUCUUAUCAUUGGCCGGGCAAAUGCAGGCAAGACGACCAUCCUCCAGCGAAUCUGUAAUACAACGGAACAGCCCAAAAUUUUCGAUCUCCAGGGCCAUGAGAUUGACUUGUCCGAGCUGAAUCCAACUGCAAUGCGAGGAGAGCACAAUAUUGAGAAUGAAAUGAUAUUUGACAGGAACCCAGGAUACAUCUUCCAUGACUCUUGUGGCUUUGAAGCAGGUAGGGCCUCAGAGCUGGAUGCCGUCAAGAGAUUCAUACAGCACCGGUCAAGAGCAAAGCAUAUGGGGGAACAGCUACAUGCAAUAUGGUACUGUAUCCCAAUAAAUGAUGAAGCAAGGCCAAUUACAAGGGCAGAGCUUGAUUUCUUUGAUGAGUGUGGGACUGGCAAAGUUCCUAUUAUUGUCUUGUUCACAAAAGCAGAUUUGCUUGAUGCUGGAACAAUAGAACAACUAGUGGGAACUGGGAUGAGCAUUGAAGAUGCUGCAAGUAAAGCUGAAGAAGAAUCGAUCAACAACUUUCACAAAAAUUUUGGCCAUGUGCUGUAUGCAAAGAAAUAUCCUCCUAAUGAACACAUAUAUUUUCGGGAUAUGCAUAAGACUACAAGUGACUGUAGUUUGCUUGUGAAGAAGACUGCAGCUGUUCUUUCAGAUGACACCAUCUUACAGAUGUUUCUUGCAGUUCAACAGAGUUAUGUAUCUGUACCAAUGGAAUAUGGAAUAGAAAGGGUCAUGUUUGAUUCCCAAGGCCACUGGUCAAAAAGUGGAGAGGAGCACCUAACAACAAUUAUGCAUAUGUGGAAAGAAUUUCCACAUAUUGUAAGUAGAAAUCACAUUCUGCAUUACAUGAAGCUGAGAAUGGGCUGCUUUGGGUUUUGA